CAACCAUAAUCAAAUUCAAAAAAUUGUCCACAACUGAUCCACCAUCAGAAUCAUCCGAACCUCAGCCUAAAAAGGGAGAUAAAUCACCCCAAAAGAUAGAUAGAUUAAUCCUUGGUGAUGUUGACGAUCUUCCCGCAAAAUCAUUCAGAAGACCAUUAUGUUCAAUGAGUCGUCAUAAUGGGGUUGUCACUUGUGUCAAGUUUUCACCUGAUGGGAAAUACUUAGCAUCAGGAUCAGAUGAUAAAAUUUGUCUUAUAUGGGAAAAAGAUGAAAGUCAAAACAAACAACCUCAAUUCGGUGAAACAGAAGCUGAUUUAGAACAUUGGACAGUGAAGAAAAGAUUAGUGGCUCAUGAUAAUGAUAUUCAAGAUAUUUGUUGGUCCCCUGAUAGUUCUUUAUUAGUUACUGUGGGGUUAGAUAGAUCAAUUAUAAUUUGGAAUGCAUUCACAUUUGAAAGAAUUAAAAGAUAUGAUAUCCAUCAAUCAAUGGUUAAAGGGAUAGUAUUUGAUCCAGCUAAUAAGUUUUUCGCUACUGCUUCUGAUGAUAGAACUGUACGGAUCUUCCGUUAUUAUAAAAAGAUAAAUGAAUAUAAUAAUUAUGAUUUUCAAAUGGAACAUAUUAUAAUGGAUCCAUUUAAGAAGUCUCCCUUAACUUCAUAUUUCAGAAGAAUGAGUUGGUCACCCGAUGGUCAACAUAUUGCAGUUCCAAACGCCACAAAUGGACCAGUCCCAUCUGUGGUAGUUAUAAGUAGAGGUAAUUGGUCAACUGAUGUUUCAUUGAUUGGACAUGAAGCUCCUUGUGAAGUAUGUUCAUUUUCACCUCGUUUAUUUGAUUUCAGUGAUGAAAAUAAUUCCAAUAGAAAGAAAGAUGAUAAUAAGAAUUUCUCAACAAUCUUAGCUACUGGAGGUCAAGAUCGUACAUUGGCAAUUUGGUCAACUUCUAAUACAAGACCAUUAGCAGUUCUUGAAGAUAUUGUGGAGAAGACUAUAACAGAUAUUUGUUGGACACCCGAUGGUGAAACCUUAUUCUUAAGUUGUUUAGAUGGAUCGAUUACGGUUGUAUCGUUUGAACCUUUGGAAUUAGGUGGUAAAGUAGUUAGUGAAGAAUUAAUUGAUGCUCAAUUAACUCGAUAUGGUGGUGAUCGUGAAUCUAAUAUAUUUCCGGAAAGUAUAGAACAAUUGAAAUUGGAAACCAUAUCUACAGAGAAUGAUAAAAAAGGUUCAAGGCCGAAUUUAGCCUCAUAUGGUGAAAAAUUAAAAUCUCCAACACCUAAAUCAGAAUCGAUAUUUGCAGCUCCAUCAACUGCUGCUACUGCUAUUACUACGCCAAUAACAACUUUAAGUCCAAAGAAAUUGACAAAGGCGACUCAAAAUAUAACUAUUACCAAGAAUGGUAAGAAGAGAGUUGCUCCAAUAUUAGUAUCUUCAUCAUCAAAAUCAAAUAUUAACAAUUUAUCUACUCCAAAAUUAUCAUCUUCCAAUAAAAGUUUUCAAAUUAGUUCGAAAAUAUCACAAUCAAGUUAUUUCUUACCAAGAUUAGGUAUUCAAACAUCAGUUCAUGGAUAUAAAUCACGAGAAAAUGUUAAUUCUGGCGCACAUCCUGUCUUACCUGCUAGUAAUGAUAUUAAUGAUAAUGAUAAUGAAGAUAUUGGAGGAUUUGAAGAAACCGCCACUACACAGAAUGCCAACUCUAAUGCUAAUAAUGUUUCCGAAGCAAGUUUGAAACGUCAAUAUAAUCGAUUUAAACGAAAAAUCAUGAAUCAAAAGUAUCCUAAUACGUUUAAGAGUGUUUCUAAUUUACCGCCGAUAUUAUUCAAUAAUAACGUUCGGGAAUUAAAUCAUGAAUUGAAUGAGAUAUAUAAGAAAAUCAUCUUACAAAAAGAUCCCAAUGGAGGUAUCCAAAGUGAUAUAUCAUCGAAUUCUCAAUUAGAGUAUGAUGAAGAAUUAUUAUUUUCUGUCAUUGUUAGAAGUGUGAAGCAUAAACAUGAUUAUAAUGAAUUUGUGGAUGAAAAGUCGAAAGAUGAAAUCAGAACUAUAAUUGAAGUGAGGAAUGGCCAACGUUGGAAAGUUGAAUUAGAAGAAGAGUUGGAAAAAGCUAAUGAUAUUAAUAUAGAUUUUGAUGAUCCAACUCGAUUAAUCGUAUCCAAUAACUUAUCAUCCACAAAAAGAUUGUAUAAUUUAUUUUUCCCAUAUAUGAUUCAGCAUGUCUUGCCUAUGAUAAUCGAUGAAGAGUUGAAGUAUAUCGUGGUGGUAUCAUUUCAUGGAACUGUUCAAAUUGUCAAGGCCGAUUCUGGUAAAUUCUUAUGUCCUCAAUUUGAAUUGGGUCAUAAUAUUAUAGCAUUAAGAAGUCAUAAUGAAUUCUUGACUCUUAUGACAAACAAUGGGUUAGUAUAUACAUGGAAAUUAAGCAAUCAUCAAGCAGGAAUACGAAACAUCAUCAAAGGAAUUUCCAUUGCAAAUGUAUUAAAUAAUAAUGUUGAAAUUAAUAUUCCAACCCAAUAUGAUCAUAAUCGUCCCCUCAAUAUAGUGUUACAAUCCCUUCGAUAUUUUGAAAUAUCAGAUAAAGAUGGAUCUCCAUUACUUGUGUUGAACAGUAAAGAUAUCAAUAGUUAUGAUGUUUAUCAAUAUUCGUUAGAUAUGUUAAGUUGGGUCAAGGUUAUUGAUUCAUAUUAUUAUUUAGCUUAUGGUGAUAAAGAUGAAGAACAAGUUCGUAAAUCUGAUGGAAGUGUUACUGAUAAGUUGAUCCAUCUUACAUUUUCUGAUUUCCAUAAUGAUAUCAAAAGAAGAAAGAUCAGUAAUUAUGAGUUCGAUGAAGAGAAUGAUGAUGGAGAUGAUAAUGAUGACAGUAAAAGUUCCAAUGUUGAAUUGAAACAAGUCAUGUUAUCUCGAUAUAACGAACUAUUAGAGUUAAUCUAGUGUAUUUUUAG